CAGUGCAAGAGAAAACAGGUGUCAGGCUGGGACAGGGUGAUAAGUUUUUUGGUUUUCAGACAGCUCAGUUGGGAUCAGGGGACCCUUUCAAUACACUUGGUGACAGUCAAGUAGCUCCUGCUCCAGCCAGAGCCCAGGAAAGAGCUCAGCGUCUCCAGGUACGUGGCAUCUUUUGGGAAAGAUGGGAUGGAAAUUGCCCUCUGCCAUCUGCCAGAACCAGCUCUGCUUUCCAUGUCCCGUUAGCAAAGUGGAACCAAGUCAGUGGCAAAAAGGGGGGUGGGUGGGAGAGCAGAGCAGAGCCAGGUCCUGUCUUGGCUGGGCCUUGGAUUAGUGUUUGGACUCUUUGGCUUCCCUUGCUCCAAAGCCUUCUCCCACUCUCAGGGAGGUGCAGGCAAUGAGUCCUGACUCACUCAGGGUUUGUCCUUCUCCCCCUGCCCCUGUGAGUCUGUUUCUUAAGGCUGGAUCAGAAAAGCCAGGGCUCCAUAGGAAAACAACUGCCCCUUUCUGCUGGAAUUGGAGGAGAUGGUGCAGCUUGUCCUUUGCUUUCCCAUGGGAAAUUCCCACCCCUUUUGAUCCCAGUCAGGUCCUUUGCCUAUAAAGCACUAACCAAAGUCAGUCUGAUGAGGGAAAAUUGAUUUCAACCUUGGGCAUCCAAGUUUCUUCCCUCGACAUUCCAGGAAGGGCUGAAAUCAGCAAUGAACCCCUGUCAAAGUGAAUUCAUCCUGGCUGAUUGGUUGGUUGGUUUGUUUGGUUGUUUUAAGCUCCAUUGUUUGUCUUCCCUUUUGCCCUUUGCCUGUCCUUCCCCAUCUCCAGGUUGUGCUCCAGGGAGGAGGAUGCUCUGCGGUUCCCCCAUCCACUGCUCUCUGCUGGCUUUUGUCAUUUCCACUUUAGUUUUCCAAGUUCCUCAGGGGCACUCAGCUCCACUCACCGUCACUGGACCCCCCGGCCCCAUCACCGUGGCCAAGGGCGAGGACGUGGUGCUGCCCUGCAGCUUCUCCCCGGGGCAGAAUGCACAGGACACGGAGGUGACCUGGUUUCGGGAGCAGUUCUUGCCCUUUGUGCAUCGCUACAAGUUGGGCCAGGACCAGUUUGGGGAGCAGAUGGUUCAGUACCAAGGGCGCACUGAGCUGUGGAAGGACGGCCUUGCCAAGGGCAGCGCGGACUUGAGGAUCUUCCAUGUCCAGCUCUCUGACAGAGGGAGUUACACCUGCUUUGUUCAACGUGGCUCAGAUUACGAUGAGGCUGUGGUGGAGCUCAAGGUGACAGACCACUUCUUCCAAGAUGACGAUCCUUGGAUGAUUGCCCUGGGCCUGGUCCUGGUUGCUGUGGUUACUCUCCUUAUUAUCACUGUUUGUCUAUUUAAAAUUAAAGGAAAGCAGCAGAAAGAAAUAGCGGAGCAAAAGGCAGAACUGUGGGAGCGCGAUGCAGAAAUCGAGGAACAAGCCCAGGAACUCACAUGGAGAAGACAGGCAGUGCCUAUAGAAGCAGCGAACGUGGUUCUGGAUCCAGACACAGCCCACUGUGAGCUUGUCCUGUCUUACAAUGACAAAAGAGUGACACGAGGUGACACACAACAGAACACCCACUACAAUGACAAGAGAUUUAACCCGUGGCGCUGCGUUCUGGGCCGUGAGGCCUUCACCUCGGGGAGACACUACUGGGAGGUGGAGGUGGAGAAUGCAGGAAAAUGGAUUGUGGGGAUUUUUAGAGACGGUGCGGAAAGGGAGGGUGAGAUUGAGCUUAAACCAGAGAAAGGCAUCUGGGCAGUGGGGAAACGGGCAGUACUGAAAGCUUACACCUCCCCUAGUCCCACUGAAUUUCCUGAAAUCAAGACUCCCAGGCGGAUCCGGGUCUCUCUGGAUUAUGAAAUGGGACUGGUGGCAUUUUUCAGUGUUGAUGAGGGGAUUCCCAUCUUCGCGUUUCCACGGGCAUCAUUUGGGGGGAAAGACAUCUACCCUUGGUUCUGGCUGGGUCAUGAGACAUGUCUGAAAAUGUGGCCCUGAUGAAGAGGAGGCAGUAAGAGAAGGGUCUCCCAGGGUGGAGAUCUCGUUAUCUCUCUGCACCUCUCUUCCAUGCUGCAUCUCUCCAAGAUCUUUCUCUGAGGCCAGACAUGCUGUUCUGGUCCCAGUGCAGAUCAGUGGGAGAGGCCAUGGCCAAGACCUUGUGUUAUGAGAUCACCUCACAUCAUUUCCAGGUGUGGGGAAAAGGGACUUUCUCUCCUGCUUCUGAGGUUGUUCCUUACACAUGGAGGGUGGAACCAUUGUUUCCUUGUCUCAGGCUCAGUGAGCAUUUGACAUGUAAAUCACCCUCUCUUUGUACACUUUUCUUCUUAGUAUUGUUGCUGUUCCUGUUGGUUUUAUGGUAUCAUUGCUGUUUCCAGUGAAUUGUUCUUCUCUCCACCCAUGAUCUUUGCCUUUUGUGCUCUCAACCAGAGGUGGGGGCAGGGGGAGUGAGCAGCAUCUGCUUUGGGAGGGUCUGGGUGGGAGCACUUGAUUGGGGAGCACCAUUCCUAAAACACCACACAUGCUUUCACAGCAGAUCCUCCAUUCCAUGGAGAUCCAGCAGGCCUGGACCUUCCCAAGGGAAGGCUUCACCCCAACAGAACUGGUAAGGAGGGAGACUUCAGUGCAGGUGGUGGCUUUGUUGCUUAAACUCAGCUCUUGAAAGAAACCUCCAAGACCAAAGUUGUGAGUUUUAGAAGCCAGGCAUUCUUUUAUUAGUGUGCACUGAAGUGACUCCAGCACGCCGGGUGCCCUGGGAAUCAGUUCCCAAAGUGCACCCAGAGGGAUCCUCACUACGGCUGA